AUGCGCUCUACAAUCCUUAAGAAUCAAAUUCUCUCUCAUCUUCAUCCUCAAAUUUAUUAUGUCCUUAUUCUUUCAAAGCCUUCUCUCUUUUUUAUUGCUUUGUCAUUUUAAAUCUCUUUUCAAGAUCAGAGGGCUCUUCAACCUAUUUGUUCUCUUCAGAUGCUAGUUCUAUAUCCUUAAGAACAUCCUUAUCCUUUUAUUAACUAUCUGCUGUAGACAUUUUAUUUAUUUGAUUUUAUAUUAAUUUCAAAAUUAGUAUUAUUUACUUUUUAGAUUUAAAUAAAAAGGGUUUUGUUAAAGUAAUAACUGGAAUUAAAAAUUUUAAGAGUCUGUUCAAACAGUUAAAAUCAAUUAUUUAAAAUAAAUAAAAAUCAAAGAAGUUAAAUAUAAAUCUUAUUUUCUGUUAUUAAUUUUUUAAUUUUUAUUUCAUCGUUCAUUUUAUUUUUUAAUUCAUAAUUAUUUUUUAUUAAGAGUUUUUUUUAUUAUUAUUUUGUAAUGAUUAAAUAUGUUUUAUUUUAUUUUAUUUAUUAAGUUAAUUUUAUUAGAAUUGUUUUAAUUUUUAUUCAAUAUUUUUUUAUUCUAUUUUUAUUUUUUAUUUUAUUUUAAUUUGUAUCUUCUAAAUUAGUACCUAAAAUCAAUAAUUCUCAAUUGGCAUAAAUCGUUUACUAUAAAAAUAUAUUCAUUUUAAAAUUGGAGAAAAGAAUUUUAUGUGAUGAUUCUAUCAUUAAGAUUUUUUUAUUUAUAUUUGAAGACGCAAAGGUCUUGAAUAUGUAAUUUGUUGACGAAGAAGCUUAGAAUUUUUGUUUAAUCGAUUGUUAUUAUUAUUAAUCAUAAUAAAUAACAUUUUUAAAAACUUAUAUUAUGAUUGCUAUAGCUUUGUAUAAAUAAGUACUGAGUACAUUAUUUAACUGCAAAUGGAACAUCCUUAGGAUGCGAAGCUAUAAUUGCAAUAUAAUAUGUUUCCUGUUAGCUUUAAAAAAUUAUCUUCACUGUGCUUCUUUGACUUCCGGCAUAAUUACAAAAUUCAAGUUUUGA